UUCACGAUGGAACAUCCCUUUUCUCAGAGUUGAAGAUAAGAAAGCAGGAAAUGAGCCCCGCAUCUACUCUUUCACCACAAGUUAUUAUUAUUUUUGUUUUUAGGUUCAAGUCCACGUAUCUCUGAACCUCCAUGAAAGGGUUUCCUGGAAAAACAAGACAAAAGAAAACAAGACCCAAGUGUCCCAGUGCCCAUGGCUCCACACCACCGGGAGAGCAGGCUCCCACGUGGCAGGCACUGGAAUGAUAAGAGUGGACAACGGGGUGAGUUCUGCAGAAGUCACUGAGCUCGGAGCUCACUUGCAGCUCAAGGGGAGCCAUGCAGGAUGAAGAUGGGUAUAUCACCUUAAACAUCAAGCCCCGAAAACCAGCUCUCAGCUCAGGUGACCCUACCCCUUCUUGGUGGCGUGUGAUGGCUUUAGUUCUGCUGAUCUCAUCCCUAGGGCUGGUUGUUGGGCUCGUGGCGCUGGGGAUCAUGUCGGUCACACAGCAAAAGUACCUGUUAGCCGAAAAGGAAAAUCUCUCAGCCACUCUGCAACAACUGGCCAAGAAAUUCUGCCAAGAGUUGAUUAAACACGCAGAGUUCAAGACAAAGAGCAGUUUCGAGCACAAGUGCAGCCCCUGCGCCACAAACUGGAGAUACCAUGGAGAUAGUUGCUAUGGGUUCUUCCGACGUAACCUGACGUGGGAAGAGAGCAAGCAGUACUGCGCCGAGCAGAACGCAACACUUGUGAAGACCGCCAGCCAGAGCACCGUGGAUUACAUCACAGACAGAACUACUUCAGUCCGUUGGAUUGGAUUGUCACGCCAGAACUCUAGGAAGGACUGGAUGUGGGAAGAUAGCUCAGUUUUUAACAAGAAUGUGAUUGAUCUUUCUGGAAGUGCAAGAGAAAACAUGAAUUGUGCUUAUCUUUAUAACAGAAGAAUCCAUCCAGCUUCCUGUGAGGACAGACAUUAUUUAAUGUGUGAGAGGAAGGCUGGCGUAACAAGAGUGGACCAACUGCUUUAAAACAGAAGGACAGACAGGAUGUCAGAUGAGUGCUUGAGCACAUAAUAAAAGAUCUGGACAAAAGAUCCGCAGCCAUAAA